GCCGUGUUUCGUCUACAGGCUGUAGAAGUGUAGUUGUAGCGUCGGGUGGUGUUUUCAUAUGUAGAAAGUGGAACUACAGACUUCACAAACACCAAGUUUGCUCCGAGUCCCCGAAUGGUGAAUACAUCUGCGGAGUUUCUGCUGAACAGUGAUUGUUUCGGUUGUCAUAAAAGAAGUAAAUAUCCGCGUUUCCUCGAAGCCAUCAUGUUGAACACCGAGGAAAGUUCCUGGUUAGGGGGGUCUCUGAUGCCCUGCUCCAUCCCUCAGGCUCCGGGGCCUCUGUGGUGCUCCGAUGCCCCUCACCCACAGCUGAAGAUCCCGGGUGGGCGAGGGACGGUCAGGGAUCACUCUCUCGGCGUGCUACUGCACAAGGAUGAAAAGUUAACUGUGACUCAGGCCUCUUCAGUGAGUGGGAGCUCUUCUCUGCUCCGCUUCCACUACCAGCUGAGCGAGCGCCGCUCGGCCUCCUGGGAUACAGCUCUAUCAGGAGACAGCCUCUUUCUGGAGAUUCCUGCUGGGCCGUUGGUGGAGGGCAGCAAGGAGGGGCUCACCGUGCUGCUCGAGUUUGCAGAAGAGAAGCUCAAAGUUAACUACGUCUUCCUGUGGUUCCAUAAAAACAGAGAGGAUCGAUUGUCCAUCAUCAAGACGUUCCACUACAUGGGCUUUGAGAUGGUAAAGCCGGGUAACCCCAUGGUACCUGCCCGGCCUGAUUUGGCCUUCAUGGUUUACUCUCUGGAGAACAGCAGCAGCUCUGACGAGGAGUGACUGUCACAGUAUCCCUGACGCCUCCCUUUCCCACCCUCACCCCCCUCUCCCCUCCCUUCCACCGUUUUUAUUUCCUCUUCAAACAAUCGAACCUGCCUCAACUUUCCCUCUGACACACCUCUCCUCCCCCUCCUCCAUGAGGUGUCACUUUUUUUUUUCUUCAUUUUUUUUCUUAGACUUAUUUUAAGGAGAUGUUCAGGAGCAGCAGCGUGUCUGUGCCAGAGAGCACAGACACUGCCGCUUCACCCUCCUAUCUCCCCUUCUCUGAAGAUAACCGCAUUGUGAAGAAGCAGCGUAGCUUGAACUAAGUUGUCACAUGCAACGUGGGGAUUUUCUUUCCUUUUUUUUUUUGUUUUUUCCUGCUUCCUCUCUCGGCCACAUUGUUUAUGCUGCGGUUGACAGGACAACCAACUGCUGGACAUCCAGGAGGAUGUUAAAAUUCAACAUAUCUCUCCUGACAGCUUGUAACGUUGCAGAAAGGAGACUUUGUGUCUUUGUGCUGUUUAUCUUAAAGCUGUGUUGAUGGGGGUUAAAAAAUGGGAAGCCUGGGGUGUGGUAUGGUUUUACUUUAUAAUAUAGACGAUGAUCUGUUACAUUUAGCAUUAAACACAUGUAAACGUUUCUUUAAUCUUCCUCAAAUGUGUCGAGGCAUCAUUCCAGCACGUCACUCUCACUUUUUUUUUUUUUCCUGCUCUAAACGAUUUAGCAACAAAUGUGGAAACACUCUGUUAGUGUUUGCAGUAAGAAGCAGCGAGCCUGUUCAAUGCCAUCGCCUUCACCUCUCCCCCACCCGCUAAUUAUGUCAGUAAGUUGCUAAGAAGCUGGAGAAAGAGACGGCUUCACUUCACAGAAACAGAUCCUCACAAUUUGCGAUGACAUUUAAGUCUGAGCGUCCUGGUUUUCAUAGAAAGUGACGGGCAGCCAUAAUUUGUGCGUUUAAUUCAGACGUAAUUGUCAAACAAGCCGAGCAGACUCGUGUCAGGCAUUUCUGAUCUGGAGAUGUCACAUUUUGAGAACAGAACAAUCGGCUUUGUGACUCAAAUAUAAUGAAGGUGCAAUGAGAGGCUGGAACUGACGCUCGUUCAGUCCCGCAGAUUCUUCAGCGCCGCCUAAAGUGUUGAUCGAAACUGGGUUUUCAGUGCCUCAAGAGGAGAGUGCGAAUGCGUCUUACACUCAAGUCUUAUUGAAGGAAUGUGUCCAUUUUUCACCCCAGUUUCAGACGCAUGUUGUGUGAGAGGAACGUUAGCUCGCCAUCGGGGUACAAGCAGGAACUCUUCAGGUGAUUAUCGUAUAUGCAAGAACGGUUAAAACGCAGGCGCUUUUUAUUUUUCUUUCUUUUUUCCAUUUCAGACUUUGGUUUUAUGGUUUUAAGUACUCUGAAUAAAACGCCAAAGAACUCAGUUUGUCUGCAGUCAGUUCAAAUCCAGCUAAUCUGAACCUAGCUUGUGUUUAUGUACAGCAAUAUUAACCUACAUUCCCCACGCCAGCCAUACUUCCUGUAACAUGACCGUCUGUCCAAUGUCUGGGUGAGAUGGGGCAGGGCCUUGUUUUUGUUGUUUUUUCUUCUGUGUUCACAUCAUACCAGUCUUUAUUGCUACUGAUUGAGCCCUGACUAUAAGCUGUUAGGAAAUGUCUAUAUGAAGUUUUUCAGAGGUAUAUUUUUAUGUAUAUUUCUCUAUGGUGAUAGUUUUAGGGUUUUACUUUUUGUUCUAACUAGUUGGCAACCAUCCAAUGACAAUCCGCACUUGUAUUUCACGCAGGGGGAAUCAAUAAAGGUUGUUAACUGAAA